GCUCCAUGGUGGAGCAGUAGGCCAUAUGAGGCAGAAAGGCAUUUUUUUUUCAAUGCUAUGAGUAAAUUUAACAAGAUGGCACGGUGUCAUAUGUAUUGCUCGAAUUGUCAUAAAUUGACAGUAUUUUUUGCAAAUCAAGUUUAUCUUCGUGUGCUGUCUUUGCUGCUAAAAACCUAGUACUGCAAUGGCGACACCACGUGACUAAUGCGGAACAACAACAAACGUGAAAAUUUGUUGCAGUCAAGAAGCACUUGUUGGACGACAGUCACUUCCCUGAAUAAAUGCCUCUCGUCAGCACCAAGUCAAGCAGCAGCAGUUAAUGUCGUAAUAAUUAUAAUUUGUAUAUUGAUGUACGCGAUGUAUGGAACAUGGUUAGUUCUCCUUAUACUUUCCCAAACGCAUGGACAUUGUAUGUGCCAAAAUCGUACCACAAACUUCAGACCCAACAUUGUGAUGGUGAUGUCCGAUGCAUUUGAUGGGCGGCUGACCUUUGACCCUGGGAGUAGGGUGGUCCAGUUACCAUACUUAAACUAUCUCCGGGAGCUAGGCACUGUCUUCAUCAAUGCCUACACCAAUUCUCCAAUCUGUUGCCCCUCAAGAGCAGGUAAGAUGUUGGUGUGCAUUUGUAUGGAAGACCUCAAGGCAACAGCAGAUCAUUUGUCAAUAAUGUGGGCUAUGUUACGAUCCAUUCACAACAUACAGAACAAGAAGUUGAAUUGCAUAAUGCUGGUGGAUGACUCUGAUUCCAAUCGUUUCUAUGUGGAGUGGUCGCUUUGUCCAUUUAACUGAGUCCUGGAAUAAUUAUAAGUGCCUGGACCCCAAUGCCACAACGUGGAUGGACAUGCUCCAACAGAAUGGCUAUAACACCUUGAGUGUUGGGAAGCUGGACUAUACUUCAGGAAGUCACUCUGUCAGUAAUCGUGUGGAGGCAUGGACGCGAGAUGUGCCUUUCCUUCUGCGGCAAGAGGGCCGGCCGGUGACAGACCUGGUUGGGGACACGUCCACAACGAGAGUCAUGACCAAGGACUGGAGAACCACGGACAUUGCCACCCAGUGGAUCCACCACAAAGCUGCAGCUCUCUCCCAGCCUUUCGCCCUCUACAUGGGCCUGAACCUGCCACACCCCUACGUCACAGACUCCUUGGGGCCCAACGCUGGGGGGUCCACCUUCCGCACCUCUCCUUACUGGCUCGAAAAGGUGAUGCCUGAAUUAAUCUCUAUUCCAAAAUGGCUGCCGUUGUCCGACAUGCACCCUGUGGACUACUACUCUACCUUCACCAAGAACUGCAGUGGGAACUUCACAGAGCAGGAGGUCAGAAAGAUACGGGCCUUCUACUACGCUAUGUGUGCCGAAACAGAUGCCAUGCUGGGCCAGGUGAUCUCAGCUUUGCGGGACACAGACUUGCUGGACACCACAGUGCUGCUCUUCACGUCUGACCAUGGCGACCUGGCCAUGGAGCACCGACAGUUCUACAAGAUGUCUAUGUUUGAGGGCAGCUCCCAUGUCCCCCUGCUCAUCAUGGGGCCUGGGGUGAAGUCUGGCCUGCGGCUGAGUCAGCCAGUGUCCUUGGUGGACAUCUAUCCCACUGUGCUGGAGAUGGCAGGUGUAGCAGUGCCAGGUGGCCUUAGUGGUCAUUCACUCCUGCCUUUGCUGUCUCAGUCUGCUGCCCGGCCCGCACGGCCUCGCCCAGACUGGGUAUUGAGUGAAUACCACGGUUGCAAUGCCAACGCCUCCACCUAUAUGUUGAGGGAGGGCCAGUGGAAGUACAUUACCUACGCAGAUGGUGUGAGUGUCCCCCCGCAGCUAUUCGACCUAAUGGUGGACAAAGAGGAGCUUCACAAUGUGGCGUCCAAAUUCCCUGAUGUGUGUCGUCACCUGGACAAGCUGCUGCGCAGCGCAGUAGACUACCCCCAAGUCUCUCAGGCAAUCUGUCUCUACAAUAAGCAACAGUUUGCUGCAUGGCGAAAGAGUCUUGGUGACAAUUAUACCCAAGUCAUUGCAAACCUGCGUUGGCAUCUGGACUGGCAAGAGGAUGUGGAGAACAAUGAGAAAGCCAUCGAUGAGUGGCUCAUGAAAUCUGGGUUCUCUUCUGAAAAGCUCAAAGUAUCUAUGUUUUAACUGGCCUGCUGUAUUAGAAAAGCACCAAAAUAAAGAUGUCAUGCCAAACAUGACUACCAAUAACUGCACAAUCUACAACAGUGCUGCAAACUGAAAUUAUAAUUCUGGGCAAAAUGUGAGAACACACACCCCUGUAGUUAAAGCGUAAUUAUAAUUAACUUGUUUGGGGCGGCAGGGUAGCCUAGUGGUUAGAGUGUUGAACUAGUAACCGUAAGGUUGUGAGUUCAAACCCCCGAGCUGACAAGGUAAAAAUCUGUCGUUCUGCCCCUGAACAAGGCAGUUCACUGUUCCCAGGCCGUCAUUGAAAAUAAGAAUUUGUUCUUAACUGACUUGCCUGGUUAAAUAAAGGUAAAAUAAAAAAAAAUUAAAACUUUGGUAAGAUUGUGGGCGGCAGGUAUAGUAUUGUUAGGCUAGGAACCGAAAGGUCGCUGGUUUGAAUACCCGAGGUGACGUGGUUACAAAUCUUUCGAUAUGCCCUGAAGCAAGACACUUAACUUAUGUCAGUGCUCCAGUGGCACGAUACUACUAUGGAUGACCCUGUAAAACAAUACAUUUCACUGCACCUAUCCGGGGAGUAUGUGACAAUGAAACAUAAAAUAAAUAUAUUGUAUGUCUGGUAGAGUUUAUUGUUCUGUAUUAUAUUCACUUCUGGUCCUGGAGAGUUGUUGGCUUUUGUUCCAGCCCAGCAGUAAAGCUCUUGUAAAUAUGGGGUCGCAUCAACUAAAGAUUAUGACAAGAUACGUUUCUCCGCCCUAACAAUGGGAGUCGUUGUCCACACAGGCAAGGCGGGCUGUCUAGCUCCCGCCUAUCCUUUCUUUGGAUUGGAUAAAUCUUGCUAUUGUUAUCCCUUUUUGAAUAUUCGAUGAGGGUUAUUGACAUCAAAUUCCUAUGUACAAUGGAGAGAGAUGCUAUGCCACUAGCCUCGUGACAUGAAUAUACAUCACCAUCUGAUCUUCAAAAGGUUCUACAGCUGCACCAUUGAGAGCAUCCUGACGGGUUGCAUCACUGCCUGGUAUGGCAACUGCUCGGCCUCUGACCGCAAGGCAUUACAGAGGGUUGUGCGUACAUCACCGGGGCCAAGUUUCCUGCCAUCCAGGACCUCUAUACCAGGCGGUGUCUGAGGAAAGCCCUAAAAAAAUUCAGACUCCAGCCACCCUAGUCAUAGACUGUUCUCUCUAACGCAAGCGGUACCGGAGCGCCAAAUCUGGGUCCAAGAGGCUUCUAAACAGCUUCUACCCCCAAGCCAUAAGACUCUGUAACGGUACCCCCUGUAUAUAGCCUUGCUAUUGUUAUUUUACUGUUGCACUUUAAUUAUUUGUUACUUUUAUUUCUUAUUUUUGUAGGUAUUUUUCUUAACUGCAUUGUUGGUUGAGGUUUUGUAAAGUAAGCAUUUCACCUGUUGUAUUCGGCGCAUGUGACAAAUACAAUUUGAUCUCGAGACAACUCCAAUAUAGUGAUUUUUUCUCAAAGUU